CACACACACUCAGUGUCAGGCUGAAACAACAUGGCGGCGAUAGCAGCGGUAGCUUCUUCCUCUGUGCCCGUCGUCGUGUGAGCCUCCGCGGUCUCGUCAGAAUGAACCUCUGUGCUCAGUUGCUCCGACAGGCAGAGGCCCUGAAGGCUGACAUGACAGAUUCAAAGCUGGGCGUGGCAGAGGUGUGGACGUCUCGCCAGGCUCUGCAGGACGUCUACCAGAAGAUGCUGGUCACUGACCUGGAGUACGCUCUGGACAAGAAGGUGGAGCAGGACCUGUGGAACCAUGCUUUUAAGAACCAGAUCACCACACUGCAGAGCCAGGCCAAGAACCGAGCCAACCCCAACCGCAGCGAGGUCCAAGCCAACUUGUCGCUGUUCCUGGAGGCAGCCAGUGGCUUCUACACACAGUUACUGCAGGAGUUGUGCACUGUCUUCAACGUGGACCUGCCUUGUCGCGUCAAGUCGUCUCAGCUCGGCAUCAUCAGCAACAAACAGGACGGUGGCGGCACCAUCGUCAAACCUCAGCCCAGCUCCUGCUCCUACAUCUGCCAGCACUGCCUCGUCCACCUCGGAGAUAUCGCUCGUUAUCGUAACCAGACCAGCCAGGCGGAGUCGUACUACCGUCACGCAGCUCAGCUGGUCCCGUCAAAUGGUCAGCCGUAUAACCAGCUGGCGAUCCUGGCCUCGUCUAAAGGAGACCACCUCACCACCAUCUUCUACUACUGCCGCAGCAUCGCAGUGAAGUUCCCGUUCCCCGCCGCCUCCACCAACCUGCAGAAGGCGCUGUCCAAGGCUCUGGAGAGUCGUGACGAGGUGAAAACCAAGUGGAGCGUCUCUGAUUUCAUCAAGUCCUUCAUCAAGUUUCACGGUCAUGUGUACCUGAGCAAGAGUCUGGAAAAGCUGGACUCACUGAGGGAGAGACUGGAGGACCAGUUUCAGAGGCUGAUCUUGCAGAAAGCCUUCAGUUCUCAGCAGCUCGUCCACAUCACAGUCAUCAACCUGUUUGAGCUUCACCACCUCAGAGACCUGAACACUGACGGAGAGCAGAGCUACAGCAGUGAGCAGCAGCUCAGCUGGUUCCAGCUGCUCGGACUCUUCAUGUCCUUCCUGGGCGUCAUGUGCAGCCGUGUCCUGCUCAAUAAGAGCAGAGGAGAGGAGGUGAUGGGGGAGUGUCCUCUGCCGGCCGUCAAAGUGUCCCUGGACUGGCUCAGACUGAGACCCAGCGUCUUCCACGAGGCUGCCGUCCACCAGAGGCAGCAUGUUUGGCCGUGGCUCGUCUCCAUCCUCAACGGUUUUCAUCCCAAAGAAGACAACGUGUCCUCGUCCUCAGUAUGUGUGUUUGUUUCCUCCACAGUUACACCGCUGCCUGAGGAGUUUGAGCUCCAGGGAUUCUUGGCUCUCCGACCUGCUCUGAGGUCUCUGGACUUCACCAAAGGUCAUCAGAGCAUCCUGGUGGACAGAGCAGGCCCGCUGGUCCACGCCCGACACCAGAGACUCAUCAGUCUGGGUAAAUGGGUGGCGGACAACCAGCCAUGCCUGAUUCAGUACAGAGUCAUUGAGGACGGCCUCCUCCUCUUUAUCACCGACAUUCCUGAGCAGGCCAUCGAGGAGCCGCAGGAGAAGGAGAUGCCGGUGCUGCAGGAGUCGUCCAAUGGCGAACAGACGCCCAGCGACGGCGGGAACUCCGGUCUGAAGUCGGUGCUGUCGGUGGGGAAGACGCAGAACUCGUGGCCCGACAGCAGCGACAGACCCGUCGUCACCUUCAAGGAGAACAUCAAACCUCGAGAGCAGAGCCGGGAGAUGACGCGGAGCCACCUUCAGAAAGACGGCGUCAAAGAGCGCCGGGACUUCACCAAAGGCAAUGGCGCGGCUGGGAAAGCAGAGCCGAAGAGAGACGGGAAGAGGAAGAGCGAUCCGAAGAAGGGCGCUCAUGAGAAAACCAGCGACGCAGGAAAACAGGUGAAGGCUCAGACCGAGCUGAGGAAGACUCCGGUGUCUGAGGCCAAGAAGAUGCCUGUCACUCAAACUCAAACCACCUGCUCAUCACAGUUUAUCCCCAUCCAUCAUCCUGGAGCCUUUCCCCCACUGCCCAGCAGACCAGGUUUCCCUCCAGCGUAUGUGAUUCCUCCUGCUGUGGCGUUCCCGGGGCUCCAGGUGAAUCCAGGCUUCACCUUCUCCACCGGAGUGUCCGUCCCUGGACCUUUCCUCCAGCCGGCCGUCCAUGCCCAGGCCAGCACACAGGUGCAGGCCGGGAAGCAGUCCCACAUUCCCUAUAGUCAACAGAGGCCCUCCGGGCCGGGUCUGGGUCCAGGUCCGGGGUCUUCGGGUGGCAUGAGCCAAAGCCCCUCCCAGAGUCAGCAGCCGCAGUCUCAGCCCUCUUCCCAGCAGCCUUUGCAGCAGUCAGUGCAGUCUCCGACCAAACCAGUGCAGCAGCAGCAGGUGGGGAUGGGGAAGAGUCCACCUCACCUCCCGGCCCUGCAGCAGUACAUGCAAGUCCAGGACUGGAGUCAGGCUCAGGCAGCUCUGCAGAAGCUCAGCCCCAUCCCAGUGUCCAUGAAGCAGCAGCAGCAGCAGCAGCAGCAGCAGCAGCAGCAGCAGCAGCAGCAGCAGCAGCAGCAGCAGCAGCAGCAGCAGACCUUCUAUAUGGCAGCACAGGAUCCUCUGAAACUGUACGAGCACCAGCCGCCUCCUCCGCUCUCCAACAUGGACAAGAAGAUCAAGUACGCUGACGUGAAGAUGCAGGACUUCUACUGGGAGCCGUCCUACAGGAUGGGCGACGGCCUCGCUGUCAUGGCCGACAGGAUGAAGAGGCCGCUGGGCGGGAUGUGCUCGGAGCAGGAUGCCCCGCCCACUGGGCCCCGGGGACAGCAGUAUGAGGACAACAAGAGCUCGCCUCUUCUCCCUCCUGACCUGUUAAAAACUCUAGCAGAUUUUGAGGAGGAGGACGAGCUCGUCUUUUCUAAGCCUCCUGAUUUCUUCCAGGCCAUGGCUGCUCCUCUUAGCUCUGCUCCUGGACCAAAUAUAUUUCUGUCCAACCAGACGAGGAUGGACAGUGGUCCCGAGGUCGUAGGUCAAUCCUCUUCCCUCUUGCCCAUGUCUGGGUUCCCCAUGCAGGAGUACAACCAAAACAGCAUCUUCAGUCAGGCAUACGGUAAGAACCUGCCGCCCAGUGCCAAGCCCGAAGUUCCCAUGAUGCACCAGGAGCCGUCGCUCUACUCUUUGUUUGAAGGGACUCCGUGGUCACCCUCUCUCCCCGCCAGCUCAGAUCACUCCACCCCAGCCAGCCAAUCCCCUCACUCCUCGAACCCCAGCAGCCUGCCAUCGUCCCCGCCCACACACAACCACGGAGCCACGCCCUUCUCUAACUUUGGACCCAUCGGCACGCCGGACAGCCGCGACCGCAGGGUGAUGGACCGCUGGAAGGCCGACAAGACCGGUGCGGUCAGUGGCUUCGGUCUGGAUUAUCUGCCGGCCACGGCCUCCACUGCUGCGUCCGACACCAGCUGGCACCAGACUGGACCAGGCGGCAGCUCCUGGACCAAUCAGGAGUCUCCGAUGGAGGAGUCGUCCUCCACUGUGCUGCUCGACAGCCUCAAGUCCAUCUGGUCCAGUUCCAUGAUGCAGCCUGGCCCGUCAGCGCUGGAGCAGCUCCUCCUGCAGCAGAAGCAGAAGCAGCAGCGAGGUCACAGCGCCAUGAACCCGCCUCACUGAACGUCAGCCCGAGGAUGUGGAAACGACCUCCACCAGGAAAACCAACACGAAGUUUGACGUGCUCCACAGGAAACGGUAAAUUAAAGUGGCCAGAGGCGGUGGAGGCUUUGGAGGCAACGCAACCUCCGACGAGGCUGAAACACCAAACCCCACCCCCUCGGCUGUCGAGGAGCGGUGAUGCCCCUCCUGGACCGGAGGGUGUGGGAUCUCUUCAACCCGUGGUGUUAGGCCACUGCCGGGUUUUCUUCAAACCCCCGCAAAUCUGAAACAUUGAGGAACACGCCCCUGCUCACCACGGUCCCGCCCACCAUGGCCCCACCCUGGACGUCUGAGCGGCCUGACGGACGAGCGCCAGUUUUUAGCAUUUCUGCCGCCGCCACGCUGUGAGAAAGCGAGGACGGUGUGGUGGUCGGGUUCAGGGGGAGGUCACGUGACUCAGCGGAGGACAUAUUAACAGACUUCAUAUUCUUUAUAGAGGAGGAGGAGGCUGUGAUUGGCUGAAUGAAGGACAGUUCUAUAAAUAUAUAAAUAAAAUGUAGUUAGACUUUGUGGCGCCUGGAUUGAGAGGGCGGAGCGGAGGAAGGAUGACGCAAAAAAGGGAAGGGCUAAGAACGGACAAGUCUGUUGGUGUUAGCGACAGUAGCGUUAGCUUGAAGAGAAUUUGUGAUGUUUGUAGCAAAUCUAGCUUUUGAGAGAGAGAGAGAGAGAGCUGAUCAUCAUUGAUCUGCUUCAACAGGCUCCGCACCCUGACUUCCUGUGCCGCCACUUUGGCUUAAGUUUCUGACGACAUUCCUGUGCAGGAACUGGGCGGAGCCAAUCAUUGUCAGAGCCAAUCAGAGUGCAGCAAGUGACGGCAGUGUUUUUAUUUCCUGUUGUUUGAUAAACGUGUGAUGGUGUUUUCAUGUUCCAUUUACAAUCUAUUAGAAAAUAAAAAAGAAGCGACAGAUGAAAGGGUGAAUGUGAGGAUGGAGACGCUGGUCCUGGUUCUGAGCUGGAUGACUUCUUCUGUUGCCUGUUUUUUUUGACGUUAAAGGACCGCGCUGUAGUUGUUGGAGGUUUGUAAGUGGGCGUGUCCUGACCUUUAAAUAAAGGAUAAUUCUGUUCUGA